GAGCGGGGUCAGUUUGAGCGUCUGGACGGACAGCAGAGAUGACCUGACCAAAGAUACACAGUACAGAGCAGUCAAUGUCAGAUUGUAACUAAACAGCCAAAACCUGAGAACCAAAGCAACUCGACCAAAGGAGAACAAACCAAACGUGUGAAACCGAAGCACAGAGAAUAAUCGUUGAAUAAUACUAAUAAUCUAAUAAUCUGAGAAGAUGAAGUUGGAGGCGUCAGUGGAGGACACCAGCGGCUGGACGGAGGAGGAUUUUGCCUUAAACUGCACUUACAUCGUCCAGGACCAGAGCAGCGACCCCAGGUUCAGCCUGCCCAGAGCCAUGACCUCCAUACCCCGAAACCUCAGCUUCCAGUACAACAGAGACCAGCAGGUGACGGGUGUUUUCAGCAAGGAAUAUAUUCCUCAGGGUACGAGAUUCGGACCACUUCAAGGGGUCGUCUACACCAAAGAAAACGUGCCGCUUCACACCAACAGGAAGUACUUCUGGAGGAUCUACAGUGGUGGGCAGUUGCAGCACUUCAUUGACGGUUAUGAUGUCCGGCUCAGCAACUGGAUGCGUUACGUUAACCCGGCGCGCUCGCUGGCCGAACAGAACCUGGUGGCGUGUCAGAACGGGCCGGAUAUCUUCUUCUACACCCUGCGGCCGCUGGAGCCCAAGCAGGAGCUGCUGGUGUGGUACAGCCCCGAGUUCAGCCAGAGACUCUGUGGACAGCAGGAGACGACAGACAGCACAAGCACAAAGUACACAUCAGAUAUGGAGUACCAGAAGCCUCCUCUACCUCAGUACACAUAUUACCCCAAACACCCCUCGAACCCACAAAACCAUCCCUGCGACACAAAUAAAGACGACGAGGAACCUGAAGAGAAGAUCGACAUCGAGAGAGACACGCCGCCAGACACUCCAGACGAGCAAAUAAUGGACUUCAGCAAGAAGAUCCACAAGUCAGAACCAAUGCAUGAAAAAACAAACAUUUACCCGAGCCUGUCUCCACCGCAGGACGUCCCGCUGCAUCUACACAGCCUGUACGGUCACCGAGAGGGUUUGAUCUCCUCAUAUCCGUCAAUACGGUCUCCAUAUCCGCUCUUACCGCAGUAUAACCCUCAUUACCAGCACAUGCUCAUUCCUCCAUACUCUCCUCCGUUCACUUCAAUGCUUCCCACAAAACCAGCCCACCGAUACGGCUUCAUGAAUCCUGACGGUUUGUCCUAUCCUUCAAUACCACAGUCAGGUUUAUUACCUGUAUCUCUUCCAUAUCCUAACACACUCCACGGAGGAUUAAACGAAAGGGGGCACAAUACUCCCCCCAGAGGAGCGCCUGCAACGCCAGAACUUUCCCCUCAGACUUCUCCUUGCCAGACGCAUUAUUCUGAAUGUGAAGAAGCCAUAAAUCUGAGUCUGACUACACCUAAGAGCACACCGCCUCCGUCAGCCUCUCCAGCCAUGAUUCCUGGGUAUAAAUCUCUCCCGUAUCCACUGAAAAAGCAGAACGGGAAGAUCAAAUAUGAAUGCAAUGUCUGUAUGAAGACUUUCGGACAGCUCUCCAAUCUUAAA